AUGGACUUGAUGAACCAUGUGCGCAAGCUCUACCUUGAUAGUUUCAUAAUUGUCUUCAUCGAUGAUAUUCUUAUCUAUUCCAAGACACAAGAAGAGCACGAGCGACACAUGCGUCUUAUCCUUGAGCUUUUACAUACUGAACAACUUUAUGCCAAAUUCUCCAAGUGUGAAUUCUGGCUGAAAGAGUUUCAAUUUCUUUGUCAUGUCAUCAAUGAACUUGGUAUUCACGUUGACCCUGCGAAAAUCGAAGUUGUGAAGGACUGGAUUGCUCCUAAGUCUCCGUCCGAAAUCCGCUCCUUUCUUGGUUUAGCUAGUUACUAUCGUCGAUUCAUUUCUAACUUCUCAAAUAUUGUCGUUCCUCUCGCUUCUUUGACUCAAAAAGAUAAACCUUUUGUUUGGGGUCCUAAGCAAGAGGAGUCUUUUCAAGCUCUCACGGACAUGCUUUGCAAUGCUCCUAUUCUUGCUCUUCCCAAUAGAAAUGACGAUUUCGUCGUGGAUUGCGAUGCUUCUAACCAGGGUCUUGUCGCGUUCUUAUGCAACAGGAUAAGGUCAUCACUUACGCAUCGAGACAAAUCAAAAUCCAUGAGAAAAACUACACUACACACGAUCUUGAACUUGGUGUAA